CUGCAGCUGGAUUCAGUAUGGCAUCGGAAAAGAGCACAAAAAAUGAGCUGCUGAAGGCUGAGGAACAGCAGCAAGCGAGCGCUGUCGAUCGGGUAACCAGCCUGCCCUUGCUCAACUCUGCAUUCAACCUGGUUUCCUCUGCCUACAACUACACCAAGGAGAAGCAUCCUUACCUCAGUGGUGUCUGCAAUGUGGCUGAGACUGUGGCUGCUGUCGCAGUAGGCAGCGUGGUUGGCGGGGCACAGCCCAUCCUGAACCAGCUUGAGCCACAGAUUGCCCUCGUAAAUGAAUAUGCCUGCAAGGGGCUGGAUCAGCUGGAGGAGAACUUGCCCUUUCUUCAGCAGCCAGCAGAUAAGGUCAUCUCCGACACCAAGCAGCUGGUUUCCACCAAAGUGACCUCUGCUAUGGGUGCUGCCUGUGAGGCCGCCCAGGGUGCCAAGGACCUUGUGACUAACAAGGUGACCGAAGCAGUGGACCUCAGCAAACACAUGGUGGAGGACAGCGUUGAACUGACCAAGUCAGCGGUUGCUUCUACUAUUACUGCUGCUGUAGGGGCUGCAGUGAGCCAAGCAGUGGCGGGUGGUGUAGAAUCUGUCCUGGGUAUAUCAGAAGAUCUGGUGGAUCACUACCUCCCCAUGACGGAGGAGGAACUAGGUCAACUGGCCACCACUGUCAAGGGGUUUGGUGUGGCUUCUGUGGAGGAGCAGAAACAGCAGCAGAGUUACUUUGUGCGCCUGGGCUCCCUCUCUCACAAAGUCCGCCACCGAGCCUACCAGCAGUCCCUCAGCAAGCUGCAGCGCGUGAAGCAAAGCACCCAGGAUACUCUCUCACGAUUACAGCUGGCAAUAAAACUGAUUGAAUCUGUGAAACAGGAGGUUGGCCAGAAGCUUCUGGAUGGGCAGGAGAAGCUCCAUCAGCUGUGGGUGGACUGGAGCCUGACCCAACCCAAAGGAAACCAAGUUAAAACUGCCUCCCAAGCAGAGGUAGAGUCCCGGACUCUAGCUAUGCUGCGUAUCAUCACCCAGCAACUACAACCUGCUUAUGAGAAUCUGAAAGCCAGCAUCCAAGGCCUCCCCAGCAACAUCCAAGAAGCUGUGUAUCAGGCCACUCGAAACAUCCACAAGCUCCACCGUUCUUUUUCCAGUGCUGUGUCUUUCCAGGACCUGUCCAGCACCACCCUGACCCAGAGCCAGGCCCAUGUGGCAGAAGCCCGAAGGUCCCUAGAUGACCUGUUUGAGUAUGUGACUGGGAAUACCCCUCUGAACUGGCUCGUGGGUCCCUUCAGGGCGAUAGCUAAAGUGUCACUGGACAGCAGAAAGCAGCAGAAGGAAGAGAUGGUGACUGAUAUGAAAUCAGCCGUAUUGGAAAAGGCUGUCUCAUCAGGGGAGGUGGCUAAGACACCCGAAGAACCGAAGGGAGUACACAGGAUCCUGGAGGAAGAGAGUGAUGUGCUGGAGAAGCUGGAAAAGAAGGCUGCCUCAUCAGAGGAGGUGGCUAAGACACCCGAAGAACCGAAGGGAGUACACAGGAUCCUGGAGGAAGAGAGUGAUGUGCUGGAGAAGCUGGAAAAGAAGGCAGAGAAAGACACAGAAGCGGAACUGGCUGCAAAGGAG